AUGGGCAAGAUGGACAACCCCUCUGUGGAGCUGAACUCUCCCUCUGAGGUGAAGCAGGCAGCCCUGGAGGAGCCAGAGCCCGUCACCCCUGAGGUUGUGAGCACCAAGAAGAAGAAGAAGGAGCUCCCAGACAGAGGUUCCUGGAAGGGGAAAUUUGACUUCUUGCUGUCCUGUGUGGGCUACGCUAUCGGUCUGGGCAACGUCUGGCGCUUCCCUUAUCUCUGUGGCAAGAAUGGAGGAGGGGCCUUCCUCAUCCCCUAUUUCCUGACACUGGUGUUUGCUGGGAUUCCUCUCUUCCUUCUGGAGACUGCUCUGGGCCAGUAUACCUCUGUUGGUGGACUGGGAGUCUGGAGGUUGGCACCCAUGUUUAAAGGAGUGGGACUGGCAGCUAUGGUUCUCUCCUUCUGGCUGAACAUCUAUUACAUUGUCAUCAUUGCCUGGGCUCUCUACUAUCUCUUCAACUCUUUCACUGCGGACCUGCCAUGGCAGAACUGUGGGAAUGCCUGGAACACCGACCGCUGCUUCUCCAACUACUCCCUGAAUGACACCACCAACCUCACCAGCGCCGUCACUGAGUUCUGGGAGAGGAACAUGCACCAGAUGUCGGGGGGCCUGGGGGAGCCCGGCUCUGUCCGCUGGCCCCUGGCUGGCACACUGGCCCUGGCCUGGCUGCUGGUCUACUUCUCCAUCUGGAAGGGUGUGGAGUGGACAGGCAAGGUUGUGUAUUUCUCAGCCACCUAUCCCUACUUCAUGCUUUUCAUCCUCUUAUUCCGUGGAGUCACUCUGCCGGGAGCGAAGGAGGGGAUCCUCUUCUACCUCACGCCUGACUUUAGAAAGCUCUCCGACUCCGAGGUCUGGAUGGAUGCAGCCACACAGAUCUUCUUCUCUUAUGGCCUGGGGCUGGGGUCCCUGAUUGCUCUGGGGAGCUACAACACUUUCCACAACAAUGUCUACAGAGACUCCAUUAUUGUCUGUUGUAUAAACUCCACUACAAGUGUAUUUGCUGGAUUUGUUAUUUUCUCCAUCAUUGGCUUCAUGUCACACAUCACAAAGAAGUCAGUCUCAGAGCUGGCCUCCUCAGGCCCCGGACUGGCUUUUCUCGCCUACCCACAGGUUGUCACACAGCUGCCCCUGUCACCUCUCUGGUCAGUCCUCUUCUUCUCCAUGCUGAUGAUGUUGGGUCUGGAUAGUCAGUUCUGCACGGUGGAAGGGUUCAUUACAGCCCUGGUGGAUGAGUAUCCUCAUCUCCUAAGAGCCAGGAAGAAGAUCUUCAUCGCAGUGGUCUGUUUCAUCUCUUAUCUCAUUGGAUUCUCCAACAUCACCCAGGGUGGCAUUUAUGUUUUCAAGCUGUUUGAUUACUACUCAGCCAGUGGCAUGUGUCUUCUCUUUCUUGUCUUCUUCGAGACCAUCUCAAUUUCUUGGUGUUAUGGUGUGAACAGGUUUUACAGGAACAUCGAAGAAAUGAUUGGCUACAAGCCUUGCAUCUGGUGGAAGAUCUGCUGGGCCUUCUUCACACCUCUUGUCUGCCUGGGUGUGUUCUUCUUCAGUGUGGUGGAAAUGACCCCUCUGACAUUGGGAAAAUACGUCUAUCCUGCAUGGGGGCAAGGCCUUGGUUGGCUUAUGGCUCUGUCCUCCAUGGUACUGAUUCCAGGAUACAUGCUGUACUCUUUCUUCACCUCAAAGGGGACUCUCCGGCAGCGUUUGCAGCAGAUGACACAGCCCAAAGCAGAGGUGCAUGUGCAGAACAACGGCCUCCAGCCAAAGACGUCCUUGAAUGGGAGGAUCUCAGAUGCCACCGUCUAGGAGGAAAGCCUGAACAUCCUCGCCCUGUCCCGUAGCUGCUCGCUCCACAUUGUCCCUCAAGCUCCUCCGGCACAGCUUCAUGUCCCUGGCUCCAUGAUGGCUUUCAGUUGUUGAAGAGGGGACCUGGCGGAGGAACCUGCUUGUGUCCCUCCUGGCCUGGCUUACCAAGGCGCUGAACAAGCUGUCACCGGGGCGUUGUGCAGUGACCGUCUUCAUCCUGCAGCAUCCUGGUCCAGGCUCUCAGGGAGGAGCAGCCGGUGCCCACGCCUUCCUCCUCCCGAGCAGAGGUGAUGUCUCUAGAGAGCUUAGACUGUUGUCCACUUCUUUGCUUUUCUUGCCUUUCCAUGUGAAACUCUGCAGAGCAUCCCCCAGCACACAGCUGUGCUUUCACCCCACAGAUCUUGCUGACACUGGGUUCAAAUUGCAGGUGGCUGUUGAUUUAUGGAGCAUAAACCAACACUAACAAACAACUGGAGGGGAUGUGCAGAACAAAGGAUACUAGUGCAGAACAAGGGAUUCUAGUGAGGAGUCCAGCAUGCUGGUAGCUGUAGGACACCACCUCAAAACUGGAGAAGGGCUUAAGGACAAUGUGUGCUGCUCACAGGUGCCAGGUUUCAGCCCUGCACAGUCUCCAGCUGUGUUCCCUGCAUCCAUUGGGGCUAGCCCUGUGAGUCAAAGCCCUGCAGAGCAGGCAGCCUUUCUCUUCUGGAGCAUUCUGCCCUCUGCAGAUCUGUGUAGUAGCUAGUCCCUGACCCUAAAAUGCAAUUAAAAGGGUAAGUGAAGGGCUCUUUGCUAGAGGCUGUCCGAAUCUCCUACAUGAUCACUCUCUGCUACAAACAGCUUUGUGCAGAGGCAAGAGGUCCACCAUGUGAUUGAGAGAUUUUCCAGCACUCCCCCCAACCAAUCUCCCACCAGCUGGAAAAAGGUAGUUCCUGCCAAACACCCGCCCUGGCUGCAUCCCUGGGUGGGAAAUAAUAAGAUGCAGCAUAGUGCCCAUGGAUGGUUUAGUUUACACCUUUUCUGUGAAGUGGCAACACCUAAAUCCCAGGAGCUCCUGAGGCAAUUGGUAGGAUGUAGCCCCCAUGCUUAAACCCACCCCUGUGAACCAGUGCUGAUGUCCCAUGGGAAGUAUCUGUACAGCCUGCUGCUGGCAUUGGCACAUCCCAACUCCCAACACAUACCACAGGAGACAGUGAGCUGGUGUAGAUGAUGCUGGAGGAGGGUAACACCACAGAGAAGGCUGGGAAGUAUUUCAGAGCAGUCCUAAAGCAGCAACAUAUUUCUUGGUUAUAAAGCCUUGUGAAAGGAGGUGCCUCAUCAUAGCACCAUGUGUAGAUGUGACAGUGAUGUUCCCAUUUGUGCCAGCUGCCCAAUGACCCCAUGCAGGGAUACCUGUGUACUCAGAGCAUUUGAAGAGCACCCACCACAUGUGCACACAUGGUGUGACAGUGCAGAUUAGUCUCUCCCCACACAUAACACAGCACAGGCACUGCUCACACUUUCAGGUUCAGCUCAGAAUCAACAAACUCAUAAAUGAGCAUCCAAGAAAAGCUAUGUCCCACCCACACUUCCUACUGAAGAGUCUGGUCUCAUAAGUGACACCGUGCAGUCCCCUCGAGGUCCCACCUCAGGCGCCAGCUGAGUGAUGAGCCUUUGCACAGUUGUCCUGCACUCCGACAGCAGCUGCAAAAUGCUGCAGGUUGGCCCUGUGCUGCCUGUCCCUGGGACCUGCCAGUGCACGGGGCCAACCUGCUCUUCUGCCAGUCUUCCAGCCUGAGGAUCAGUAACAGAAAGAGGAAAGUUUUCUGGUCAAAGCUGAAGUCAGUCACCUUUGGGGGUGGGUCCCCUGCCAACUUGCCAAUGCAUCUCAAUUAAUGUUUCAGAUGUGUAACCCAUUUUUGUUUGUACACGUGGCUCUUAGUGGCUGUGGCCGCCAGGCCUUGAGUGUGUGUUUUGUGGUCUCCAACACCCCGAGCUGGGAUCACACCCUGUUCCAUGUGUAAUCAGUUGGGUGUUUGCGUCAAAAAAAUCACAGCUGUUAAACAGACAUGAGGAAACACCGAAUUUGCAGGCUUGAUCUCGUAAAGCCGAAAGCCAAACACUGAGAGCUGCAAUCAUAGCUCAUCACAAUUAAUCUCAGCCUGUCACAGACAUGUCAUCUUUCCUUGUCCCUUAUUUGUCUGCGCUAGUACAGCUGAAAAUUUCUAUUCCAAUUUCACCUAUUUUUAUGAACCGGGGCAGUAAAGGAAACCACUCUUUAUAAGAAGAGGGACAUCUGUGUUGAAAAUAAAUG